AUGGACUUAAUUACGACGGAGUCCAAUGGCAAAAUCCAACACCAGCAGAAUUUUUUUUUUCCCGCCUACACCUUAGCCAUCUCAACUUCUCCAUUAAUCCUGCUGUCGCGUAGACCUUCCUCCCGUAUUCAGCUCCUGCUACCCACUACAGCCAUCCGAUUUAUAACCCAAACAAAAUACGCCUACCUCCCUACCCUUAACAGCACUUCCACACUAACCCUUACUAACGUCAUUUUUUUUUGGUGGGGGGCAACAAUGCCACAGUCAUUCUAUCUAUCUAUCUAUCUAUCUAUCUAUCUAUCUAUCUAUCUAUCCCAGUUUAUUCAUGUCUGUCUAUCUCAGUGUCUAUCUCAGUGUGUUUAUAUCUACCUUUGUAUUUCAGUCAACCGAUAUCUAUCUAUCUAUCCCACAAUCUAUCUAUCUAUCUAUCUAUCUAUCUAUCUAUCUAUCUAUCUAUCUAUCUAUCUAUCUCAGUCUGAUUGUUUCUAUCUAUCUAUCUAUUUAUCUAUCUAUCUAUCUAUCUAUCUAUCUAUCUAUCUAUCUCACAUCCUUCUUUCAGAAGUAGAAAUAUGGCUCCUUCUUUCAGAAAUCUGCUUCCUUCUUUCCCUAAAUGUGGUUCAUUCUUUCAGAAAUCUGCUUCCUUCUUUCAGAAAUCUGGGUUCUUCUUUCCCGAAAUGUGGUUCAUUCUUUCAGAAAUGUGCUUCCUUCUUUCAGAAAUCUGGGUUCUUCUUUCAGAAAUCUGCUUCCUUCUUUCCCGAAAUGUGGUUCAUUCUUUCAGAAAAAGAAAAGCUUCCUUCUUUUAAAAUAUGGAUAAAUGUGCUUCCUUCUUUCAGAAAUCUGGGUUCUUCUUGGAAAAAUCUGCUUCCUUCUUUCCCGAAAUGUGGUUCAUUCUUUUCAGAAAUCUGCUUCCCCACCCCGGUUUUUUCAGAAAGCGGCAGCGAGUUCUUCUUUGAGUUGAAAUGUGGUUUCAUUCUUUCCAGUUGA